AGUUUGAAAAGUCUGCCUGCUGUAAUGAAAUGAUUCCUUACAUUUACCAAACUUCAGUGUCAAGUCUCAACACUAAGUCUACUCUAUUCAGUGUCUCUUCUGAAUAGCAUGCUUUAUUCUCUUUCUCUCUCUCUCUCUCUCUCUCUCUCUAGCUGUUCACUAUUCAGAUCCAGUGAUAUGUAACUGGAUAUUUAUUGAGUAGUUGAGAAGAAUUAGAGAAUUGAAAAGAAAUGGAAGAAAUACAGUCCCAAUCAGAUCAUUAUAGGUCUUCAUCUUCUUCGGCAAGCAGUCCAGCAAGUAGGGUGCCGUCAAGUAAUUUCUUCUACUUGAGGAAACCCGGUGCACUUCGACAACCAAUUUCAUUCGAAGAUUCACCUGAUUGGGACGACACGGACAUCGAGGUCAGAGUGGACGAAGGAGGCGAUUCCAUCAAUGCUGCAACUACACCAGCCUCCCCUUCCCUGUCAAAGAUUAAUAGUGGUUCGUUGCCGUCUCCACCUUUACCAGAGGGAGCAGUUAUUACAAGGAAAAUGGCUGGGGCAUCUAUUGCCUGGAAAGAUUUGACAGUUACAAUAAAGGGAAAACGGAAAUACUCUGAUAAGGUGGUCAAGAGUUCGAAUGGUUAUGCAUUACCUGGUACAAUGACUGUAAUUAUGGGACCUGCCAAGUCUGGGAAAUCAACGCUUUUGAGAGCCCUUGCAGGAAGGUUGCCUGAUUCAGCCAGAAUGUAUGGUGAGGUUUUUGUAAAUGGGACGAAAAUGUGCAUGCCUUAUGGUUCCUAUGGAUUUGUUGACAGAGAAACUACUCUAAUUGGAACAUUGACAGUGCGUGAAUUUCUCUACUACUCAGCAUUGCUUCAGCUUCCUGGUUUCCUUUGUCAGAAAAGGAGUGUGGUGGAGGACGCUAUUGAUUCUAUGUCACUGGGAGAUUAUGCUAAUAAACUUAUAGGUGGACACUGCUACAUGAAGGGUCUUCGAAGUGGCGAGAGAAGGCGUGUCAGUAUUGCCAGGGAACUUGUUAUGAGACCACACAUUUUAUUUAUAGAUGAACCCCUUUAUCGACUUGACAGUGUUUCUGCACUUCUGAUGAUGGUCACACUGAAGAAGCUUGCAAGUACCGGCUGCACUCUGAUAUUCACCAUUUACCAAAGCAGUACUGAAGUUUUUGGCCUUUUUGACCGCAUUUGCCUCCUCUCAAAUGGAAAUACGUUGUUUUUUGGGGAAACAUUGGCUUGCUUGCAGCACUUUUCAAAUGCUGGUUUUCCUUGCCCAAUCAUGCAAAGUCCUUCGGAUCAUUUUUUGCGUGCCAUAAACACAGAGUUCGACAGGAUUAUUGCGAUGUGCAAAAGUUGGCAGGAUGACCAUGGAGACUUGUCAGCGGUUAACAUGGAUACUGCUGUUGCUAUACGUACCCUUGAAGCAACCUAUAAAUCAUCAGCAGAUGCUGCUGCUCUCGAGACAAUGUUAGUGAAGCUCACUGAGAGGGAAGGUCCAUCUCUCAAAAGCAAGGGAAUGGUAGGCAACUUAACACGAGUUGCAGUAUUGACUUGGAGAUCCUUAUUGAUUAUGUCCAGGGAGUGGAAAUACUAUUGGCUUAGGUUGAUUCUAUAUAUGCUUCUCGCACUUUGCAUUGGCACUGUAUUUUCUGGAUUGGGCCAUACGUUAUCAUCUGUUGUGGCACGAGUAGCAGCAAUUUUUGUAUUUGUUUCAUUCACCUCUCUAUUGAGCAUUGCUGGUGUACCUGCACAGCUGAAAGAAAUCAAGAUAUACACCUGUGAAGAAUCAAACCAGCAUUCUGGGGCAUUUAUUUUCCUACUUGGGCAACUUUUUGCCAGCAUUCCUUUCUUGUUUCUCAUCUCCAUUUCGUCAAGCCUCGUCUUCUAUUUUCUUGUUGGGCUUCGGGAUGAGUUCAGCAUGCUGAUGUAUUUCGUGCUGAAUUUCUUCACAUGCCUAUUGGUAAAUGAAGGAUUGGUACUCACUGUUACUUCCAUUUGGCAAGACAUCUUCUGGAGUAUCUUAAUUUUUGUGUCCAUACAAGUGAUAAUGAUGCUUUCCGCUGGCUUUUUAAGAAUCAGAAGUGCUUUGCCAGGACCAAUAUGGAUGUAUCCCAUUUCUUAUAUAGCUUUUCAUACUUACUCUAUCCAGGGACUCUUGGAGAAUGAGUAUAUCGAGACCUCUUUUGCAGUUGGUCAGGUGAGGACCAUAUCUGGCAAUCAGGCUUUGCAAAAUGUAUAUGACAUAUCUACUGAUAGCAACUCUAAGUGGAGAAAUUUGUUAGUACUGUUUGCUAUGGCUGUUGUAUACAGAGUUCUUGUUUUUGUUUUGCUUAAAUUUUAUGCAAGGAAAAACCUCUCUGUCCCCAAGCUAUUUCUCUGUAACCAAAAUACAAAGAAUUCAAGAUAAAUACUAUACUUCUAGCAACUUUUGGCGUCA